AUGUAUUUCACUGCAUUGUCCCAACUCACUGCUCAGCAGGAUACAUGUCUGGCAGAGGUGUCCCUGAGCCUGGUGCUGUCUGGGGAUGUCAGCCUGCCAGAGCUGCGUCCAGGCCGACUGGCCCUGUGUGUGAGAACACUGCUGGCUGAGCUGCACGAGGGCCUGUUCCUCAGCCAGCUACUGCUUCCACCUCCUCUGGAGAGCACUCUCUCUGCAGACGAAUGUGAAAAGGACGAGUAUAUCCAGACUGACGCAGUGGAGCAGUUUCAUCAGGUGGUGCCCCAGAAGGUCAACAUGGAGUUUGAGAAUACUAGUAUAACCCUGUCCAUGCACAGCCAGAAAAGACACUUGAACUGGACCCUAAAGUCUCUGAAGGUGGGAUACGGACGUGAGGACGAGCAGCUGCCCCUCAGGAGCUUCACCCCUGAGAUGAGCUUCCCUCAGAGCAGCCUGGAGCUACUUCUGGAGGAUGGGCUUCUCCUCUCCCAGAGCAGACAGAGAAUCCUUUGCCUUAACACCCUCAGGACUGUCCUGCAGGUGACAUCAGUGGACAUUUCAGGGUCAGUCACAGUCAACACCUGCAUCAUCCACUACCGUCACCAGGAGUUCUCCCAUUGGCUAGACCUGUUUCCAUGGAAACAGCUUAUUCAUAGGAAAGAAGCUCAUAGAAAGAGGAACUUCCCCCACCUGGACGCCCCAGUGAUGAUCAGCUCCUCUGUGUCCAAUGUCAACGUUUCUGUACAGCUGGGAGACACUCCUCCCUUCGCCCUGGGCUUCAUCUCAGUCAGCACAGAGAUGCAGCACCUCCUGGACAUUAGCACAAACGCAGAGAGCCUCAAGUUCCAGAAUGUUCACCGCCGCCUCGCUCUGUCCCUGGACCACUUCUGGUGGAGGGUAGGCCAGGGGUCCCACAUCCAGCAGGCCCCCCACCCCCCUGGCAAACAUGUGUGGGGGGAAGCCCUCAUCCUGGACUCCCUUACACUGCAGGGGAGCUUCAACAAGCCCCAGAGUGAGUCCAGUAGUCAUUCUGAAAGUGUGAGUGUGGAGUCCAAUCUGAAGGGCCUACAGCUGGAGGUGUCUGAGACCUGUGCCUUGUGCCUGUCCCGAUUAUUGGCCCUCUGUAACCUGGCCAAUGGCAGGAAGCUGGAUGCCUCAGAGCAGCCAGAUGUGGUGCCUGUACCUGCCCUUGUUGAUGGGACAACUUUCCCCAGUCAGGGCGCCUUUUAUUUUAAGAUUGAGUGUAACCUGGAGGAUGUCAAUGUGUUCACACUCUCCAAUGUAGCAGGAGCUGUAUCUUUGCGGGUUGACAAAGUGAAGGCCCAAGGCUCGGCGGAAAGCUCCACAUUGUCUGUCCAGGGUGUACGUCUAUCUGUAGUGAAGGCUCUCACAGAGACCAUGGAGCCCUGCUGUCCCUCAGCCCAAACCCCCAACCCUGUCCUCAGCCUCUCCACCCUGGCCAUCUGCUACCACGUCGCCACCGGGAACUUGGAGGUCCAGUGUGAAGAGGAGCUGGCAGUGCAGUGGACGCCAUCAGACCACAUGUUUUUAUAUCACCACGUGAAAGAGAGCCAGGGUUGCUGGGAUACUCUGUGUGACUCUCUAGGACUGACAGAGAAAAGAAAUGACGAGAGUUUACCAGAUCCUCCAGAGAGUGGAUCUACUAAGACUUCUCCAGCCCACAGUACGGUCAAGGACCUGUCUGUGCGUGUAGAACUGGGCAGAACCCGCUUCACAGCCCAGGUGACAGAGCACAACUACCUCCUGCUGCACACAGACGCCCUGUCCCUCUCCACUCACUCCGGCUCCAUGAACGUCCGCUCUCCACACAUGUUUCUCAACUUCGACGGCAACGACAUAUUCUCCUUCAAGGGCCUGGAGGUCCAGACGCACCCUGAUCAGUCCCUGGACCAACGCCACCUCUUUCCCUUCCUCUCCACCCGACACAACCGUGCCUGGGUGGUCACCUGCCCCUGCCUGGCCGUGGAGUUCCCCUACCAGUACAACUUCUCCAACACCUUUGACAAGUUCAUCAGCGUUCAGAAGUGGCUCAAGUCCCUGCACAGCAGCCCUGGUCAGACCCCAGGCCCCCAGUGCCUGCCCCCAGACCUGGUCUUCAAGAUCAGCCAGUUCUCCUUCGUCUUCCUGGAUGACGUUUUCGAGAUCAAGCUGAGGGACAACUACGAGCUGAUGAAGGAUGAGAGCAAGGAGAGCUCCAAGAGGCUCCAGCUGCUGGACAAGAAGGUGGCUGACCUACGGAAGCAGCACGGAGAACUGCUGCCUGCCAGGAAGAUAGAAGAGCUGUAUACGUCUCUAGAGCGCAAACACAUAGAGAUCUACAUCCAGCGCUCCCGUCGCCUCUACUCCAACACGCCCAUGAGGAAGUCUAUGCUGACCUGGACGGUGUCCGACUUGGAGCUGGUGGCCCUGGCCGACCAGUCCCUCCAUGGGCCGGAGCGCGUCCGCGAGCAGCUGAGGGACAUCGACGGAGUCAGCCCCUUCCCCAGAGACGGGCUCCCCCUGGUUGUCCAGUGGUGCCGGGCAGUCACGUUCAACCUCACUGCCUUCCUAGUGAGAAUCCGGGACUAUCCUCGUUACUUGUUUGAGAUCCGGGACUGGGAGCUGUCAGGCCGCUUGAUCGGGACAGAGCAGGACGGGCAGGGCCGGGCUCGCCGAAGGCAGACUGUGCCACUUGGCCAGCCAUGGGGCGACAUAACCGUCCACAGGAACAUGCCACCACUCAAGUUCUACUGCGAUUUUAAAUCCAAUAUAUCCUUGUACACUAUAGUGUGGGGGCCUUGCUGGGACCCAGCCUGGACCCUGAUUGGCCAGGUGGUUGAUCUGCUGACCAAACCCACGGUUGACCCCUCCCCUACUUUGGCCUGGUGGGACAAGAGUCGUCUGCUGGUACAUGGACGCUGGAUCAUGGACAUGGAACAGGCCAACCUCCAUCAGCUGGCCACAGAGGACCCCUAUAACACUACAGAGAACAUGCACUGGGAAUGGAACAAAGUCAACUACGAGUGGUCUCCUGGGCAGUUUGUCUUCAAAGGUGACAUGGAUGUCAACGUCAGGACAGCCUCCAAGUAUGACGACAUCUGUUUCCUGCACCUGCCAAAUCUGUGCAUGACCCUUGACCUCCAGUGGCUUUGUCAUGGCAACCCCCAUGACCAUCACGCUGUAAUGCUCUGCUGUGCAGAGAAUGUAGCUGAUGUGACGUCAGGACAACCUCACGACUCCUUCAGAGCCUUCCGCUCAGAGAACCUCAACCUCUCCAUCACCAUGGACCUCAACCAACACUGUGGCACAGAGCCGUGCCAGCCCAGAAUCCUCCUGUACAGCAGUACCCUGCGCUGGAUGCAGAACUUCUGGGCCACCUGGACCAGCGUUUCCAGACCCAUCUGCAGAGGCAAGCUCUUCCACAGCCUCAGACCCAUCCGAAAGAAGCUGGGCCAGCACUACAAACAGAUGUCCUAUACAGCAGCCUUUCCUCAACUACAAGUGCAUUACUGGGCCUCCUUCGCUCAGCAGAGGGGCAUCCAGGUGGAGUGCAGCAAAGGCCACGUCUUCACCAGAGGGGCUCAGAGACUCAUCCCACAGGCGGGCACGGUGAUGAGGAGGCUGAUCUCUGAGUGGAACGUGACCCAGAUGGUGUCAGAGCUGUCCCUGAUGACGGUGCACCUCAUGGCCUCCACCUGGGACGAGACGGCUGACCACCAGAUCAAUGCCCAGGUGAAGAAGACCCACCUGCUCGGCCUGUCCUCCCUCAGUUACCAGCGCCAGAGCAACCGUAUGGAGGAGGAGGGGAACUCAAAAGAUGAGGCGAAUGCCCCCUACACCCACAAGCUGUGCCUGGUUGACCUGCGAGCCUCCUGGACCACCACUAACAGGAACAUAGCGUUCGGUCUGUACGACGGCUACAAGAAGGCAGCCGUUCUCAAGCGGAACCUCUCCACAGAGGCUCUGAAGGGCCUGAGGAUAGACACAACAUUGCAAGCUGCCAAGAAGCUCAAGCGCUCUUUGUCCAACUACUCCGGCGGCCCCAGCACGGCCCCCUCCACCCCAACCAUGCCCAGCACCAGCCGCCCUGAGAAGAGCCAGCACGAAGGGACGUCCAUGCUGCAGAAGCUGAUUGAGGAGACUGAUAAGUUUGUGGUGUUCUCAGAGGAGGACUCUGGUGUGAGUGAUCAACUGUGUGGCAUCGCUGCCUGCCAGACAGACGACGUCUACAACCGCAACUGGUUCAUCGAGCUGGUCAACUGUCAGAUGAUGCUGCGUGGCACAGAGACAGCUGGCUGCGUGCUGGUGUCUGCUGCCAAGGCUCAGCUGCUGCAGUGUGAGCACCACCCGGCCUGGUACAGCGACACCCUCAAGCAGAAGACCACCUGGACCUGUCUGCUUGACGGCAUGCAGUACUUUGCCACAAUGGAGCCAAACCCCUCAGAGCAGGAGGACUGGCAGUUGUGGCUUGAGGUGAAAAACAUUGAGGAGCACAGGCAGCGUCACCUGGACUCAGUGCUGGAGCUGAUGGAGAGUGGCCAGGCUGUUGGAGGCAUGGUCAGCACCACAACAGACUGGAACCAGCCGGCCCAGGUGAAUGACACCCAGCAGGUCCAGCGUAUCAUCUCUCGUUGCAGCUGUCGCAUGUACUACAUCGGCUACAGCCACGACAUCGACCCUGAGCUGGCCACGCAGAUCAAACCCCCAGAGAUACGGCGCAACGAGAAGGAAGACCUGCUGAAAAAACAAGCUGGGGCUGUGGACACCUUCACCCUCAUUCACCAUGACCUGGAGAUCUCCACCAACCCUGUGCAGUAUGCUAUGAUCCUGGACAUCGUCAACAACCUACUGCUGCACGUUGAGCCCAAACGCAAGGAGCACAGUGAGAAGAAGCAGCGAGUGCGUUUCCAGCUGGAGAUCUCCAGUAACCCAGAGGAGCAGCGCAGCAGCAUUCUACACCUGCAGGAGGCCGUCAGGCAGCACGUGGCCCAGAUCAGACGCCUGGAGAAACAGAUCUACUCCAAUAUCAGGGCCCAGCCUGAGGAUCUGAGAGGAGAUGAGCUGUCAGAGAUCAACGUGAGGUUGCAGAACCAGCUCAAUCAGGAGAAGACUGACAUGCAGAUGAAGAGUGAGGAGCUCAACAUCCUCAUCAGAUGUUUUAAAGACUUCCAGCUGCAGAGGACCAAUAAGCUGGAGCUGCGUAAGCCGCCGGAGGACGUGAGUGUGGUUCGCAGGACAGAGAUCUGCUUUGCCCAGGCCCGCUGGUGUCUCACUGAGGAGGAUGGACAGCUGGGCAUCGCUGAGCUGGAGCUGCAGAGGUUCAUGUACAGCAAGCUGAACAAGUCAGACGACACAGCAGAGCAUCUCCUGGAACUGGGCUGGUUCACCAUGAACAACCUGCUCCCCAACGCUGCAUACAAGGUGGUGUUGCGUCCACAGAGCCCGUGUCAGUCUGGCCGUCAGUUUGCUCUGCGCAUCUUCAGUAAGGUCCGCCCCCCUGUGGGAGGCAUCUCAGUCAAGGAGCACUUUGAGGUGAACGUGGUUCCUCUCACCAUCCAGCUCAUGUACCAGUUCUUCAAAAGGAUGAUGGGAUUCUUCUUCCCAGGAAGGAAUGUGGAGGAGGAGGAAGUUGCUGAUGAGGAGGACAAGUCCCGAAUGGUCACAACUGGCAUGCCUGUCAUCAAGCCUCGGCAGCUCUCGGAGGACACCAUGGGGGUCAUGGGCCCCAGCAAAGGGGUCACCCAGGGCUUGAACCGAACCUCUGGGGUCAGGAGGUCCUUCCGAAAGGCUGUUGAGCAUCCUGUAGAUGACAUCGACAAGAUGAAGGAAAGAGCAGCCAUGAAUAACUCCUUCAUCUACAUCAAGAUCCCCCAGGUUCCCCUGUGUGUCAGCUAUAAGGGAGAGAAAAGCAGUGUUGACUGGAAGGAUCUGAACCUGGUUCUACCUUGUCUGGAGUACCACAACAACACAUGGACCUGGCUGGACUUUGCCAUGGCUGUUAAGAGGGACAGCAGGAAAGCACUUGUAGCACAGAUGAUAAAGGAGAAGCUGCGUCUGAAGCCGGCGUCGGGCUCUGACUCUCGGAGCAAGGCGUUUGAGGGGAAGUCAGACAGUAGCAUGCAACAGCAGCAGGAGGAGGAUGAGAAGGCCCGACUCCUCAUCGGUCUCAGCAGCUCAGACAAGAGCUCCAGCAAGAAGAGCAUCUUCAGCCGACGCAAGUGACCCAUAGGCCUACAUAAACUCACACUGAACCAGUACUGUACUGGACCACUGCGCUCUAGUCUAUGGAAGUGUCCCAAAUGGCACCCUAUACCCCACAUAGUGAACUACUUUCGAACAGGGCCCUAUGGUUCCUGGUCAGAAGUAGUGUACUGUAUAGAGAAUAGGGUGCCAUUUGGGAUGCAGUCUAUGGCAGCUACAGUAGCACACACCCAGCCCAGGGAAUCAUGGAGAGGUCAAUGUCUUUACUAGCGUAUUAUCUGAUGACACUUGACCUGGUCAAAUACUGUAUGCUCUGGUGUGAAGAUGGAGGUAGCAGGUCAUUAUGGGGAACAGAGACUGAUAAUAAAACACACCCUGUUCUUUCUUACCUGGAGGGGGACAAACUACGGCCUGCGAGCCAAGUCCGGCACGCCAGCCAAUUAAAUAUGGCCCACGAUGGCUGAAAUUUCUUAUUUUAGGUUAAACUACUCCAGGCCAUAUUUGAACGUAUAAAACUAUAUAGAAAGUGUCUAAGAAUUCUCUCAACUGCUAUCCAAUGAAGCAUGUAUUUUCAUGUAUGACCAGGGCCCGUAUUCAAUGUGUCUGAGUAGGGGUGCUGAUCUAGGAUCAUAUCCCCUCCUGUCCAUAUAAUUGUAUUUGUUAUGAUCUAAAAAUCACAACUGAUCCUAGAUCAGUACUCUUUUUCUAAGAGGUGUUAUGGAUACGGGACCCACUUCUCUGCUAAAAACAUACCAGGGUCUUAUUGACCAAAUGUAUCUUUGUUUUCUUGUUUUAGUUUUUUGUGCCAUACAGUAAACAUUUCAUUUUCAUUCAAUGCAUCACGCAUUGUCCUGAACUUUCAGAAUGAGCAGCCUAUACUUGUUGCAUUAAUAGCAUGACUGGGGUGAUGGGUAUUUUUUUAGUUUCACUGUCUGCUCAUUUCCCCUGUAAAUCAAUUAGAACAUUUCAUAGUUUAUAUGUUGACUGACUGUCUCAAAUGGCACCCUCUUCCCUAUAUAGUUCACUACUUUAGAGGAUAGGAUGCCGAAGUAGUGCACUAUAUAUUGGAUAGGAUGCCAUUUAAGAUGCAGCUAAUGUGAUUUGUUGAGAGCAUCGUUUCCUGCUGGUUCAGGAAUAUUGUAUCCUCAAACAAAUGUAUAUCCGGUAGAUUGUAAAACAUUUUCAUCUCAAAUUAAAGUACCUUGACAACCAUAGAAAUGCUGUCUGUUGCAACAGUUAGAAAUGCCUGAUUCACUAGUACUGUAAUGAUAUAUUGAUAUAUUCACUAGUACUGUAUUGAUAUAUUGAUAUAUUCACUAGUACUGUAAUGAUAUAUUGAUAUAUUCACUAGUACUGUAAUGAUAUAUUGAUAUAUUCACUAGUACUGUAAUGAUAUAUUGAUAUAUUCACUAGUACUGUAAUGAUAUGUUGAUAUAUUGAUAUAUUCACUAGUGCUGUAAUGAUAUAUUGAUAUAUUCACUAGUACUGUAAUGAUAUAUGAUAUUCUAGCCUUGUGCUUUUAUUAUAGCGUUGGGAUUUUACUCAAGUCUGUAUGAUACUGUAACACUGACUGGGAAGUGCAUCCCUAUAAAAGAACACAAAUAUAUAAUUUGGUACCCUGCAUGAGACUUCUCCAACAACAUAUAUGCCACAGCAGACUUAAGUUUUAUACUGCAGUUCCUAAACAUAUCUGUGUGAUAUAUCACAACCGAGCAGCAAAAAUAUGUUCUUGUUUUCUAUUUUAUGGCAGUUAUUCUGUCAGCUUUGAUAGUCUCUGCAAAAAUAAUUUUGUUGCAGCUUGUCUUGAUAAUGUUUUGAAAUUUUAACACUACAGCACUUUUUAAGCAAAGUAUUUUCAGAUAUUUUUGUAACCAUGGUUAUUUCUUUUCAAUCACAACUGUACCUACACCUACUGAGUUUGUUAUUCAGUUACAGCUUCCUUAAAGUGCAAGAUGUCAAAUAAUUCUGUCAAAAUAUUUCAAGAAAAAUUGAUUAUAGCUCAAUGAAAUGAGCACCAUAUAUGUAACUACAUUUUUAUCAAUAAAAUAGUUCUAAUGUCUCU